CAGGGAGAGCAGUGUGUCAACAAUCAUGGCCGCCCAUUGUUUGCUUCUGUAGGGUCGCCUUCCAGGGAAAAAACGCCAUUAAUGCUCCUUCGUCGCGAUCUUUACGAGAAUGACUCUAGCCUCGACGUGAACUUGAGAUCUGUGUCGGUUCGUGGAGAUAUGAGAGGAGAGAGAAUGGCGCUCCGUAUCGCGACAGGAGGUUGUUGAAGAGGGAUGUUUUGAUGAAGCCGAGGUCUCCGGGAAGGAAAAGUGUCCGAGGUUUCUAUUUCUAUUUCUAUUUCUAUUUCCUGGAGAGAAACGGGUCGGAAAUUCGUGAAUAUGAGUUCGCUCAAGUCAGGAAACAAGAAAGAGCACCAGAAAAUGCGUAUCCGCGCUUUUCCCAUGACGAUGGAUGAACGUUAUGUGGAAAAUAUCUGGCAGCUGCUAAAGAGCGCCAUCCAAGAGAUACAGAAAAAGAACAACAGUGGUCUCAGCUUUGAGGAACUCUACCGCAAUGCCUAUACUAUGGUCCUACACAAGCAUGGGGAGAGACUAUAUACAGGCCUCAGGGAUGUCGUUACACAGCACUUGGAGAAUAAGGUCCGGGCGGAUGUGUUGGCAUCGUUACAAAACAACUUUUUACAAACGUUAAAUCAUGCCUGGAACGACCACCAGACCUCCAUGGUGAUGAUUCGGGAUAUCCUCAUGUACAUGGACCGUGUCUAUGUGCAGCAGAACAAUGUCGACAAUGUCUACAACUUAGGAUUAAUUAUUUUCAGAGAUCAGGUUGUACGGCAUGGCUGCAUACGGGACCACCUACGAGAAACAUUACUAGACAUGGUGAUGAGGGAACGUAGAGGUGAAGUAGUUGACAGGCUAGCAAUCAAGAAUGCUGCACAGAUGUUAAUAGUAUUGGGAAUAGAAUCCAGAGCUGUAUAUGAAGAGGAUUUUGAAAGACCGUUCCUUGCUCAGUCUGCAGAGUUUUAUCGGAUGGAGAGCCAGAAAUUUUUAGCAGAGAAUAGUGCAUCAGUUUAUAUUAAGAGAGUAGAAGCAAGGAUUAUGGAAGAGGCUGAACGGGCUAAGCAUUAUCUAGAUGAAUCUACAGAACGACGUAUAGUAGAAGUUGUAGAAGAAGAACUAAUUAAGAAGCAUAUGAAGACCAUUGUUGAGAUGGAAAACUCUGGUGUUGUACACAUGCUCAAGAAUAAUAAAACAGAAGAUCUAGCUUGCAUGUACAAGCUUAUGUCUAGGGUGUCUGAUGGAUUACGUGCGGUAGCUGAGUGCGUAUCACAACACUUAAGAGAACAGGGCAAAGCUUUAGUUGCUGAAGAAGAGGGAGGAAAGAAUGCUAUAACGUUUGUACAGAAUUUGCUGGACUUGAAGGACCGGUUCGACCACUUCCUCCACAAUUCCUUCAACAAUGACAAGAUCUUCAAGCAAAUGAUCGCAGCAGAUUUCGAAUAUUUCCUCAACCUAAACAGUAAAUCACCGGAGUAUCUGUCAUUAUUUAUUGAUGACAAACUCAAGAAGGGUGUUAAAGGAGUAAGUUGA